AUUAUCUCCGUCAGUUGUACUACAUUUGAUCUAUUUUAUUUCUGGCAUCUCCUGUUACGAUGUAUCUAGCAUUUCUGUUGAUUUCUGUUCUCCCCGUGGUGUUCGGCAGGGCGUCUACUCCUGCCCCUUGCUGUAUAGGUAAUCAGUUCACUACUAAUAUUGACGAAACAGGAGGACAGGUCGCCGCCGGUUCGUCAGGAAGUAAAUUUAUUGAUCAACAGCUUUUUCUCCAGUUUGACUACACUAACAAAAGAACUUACGUAGAGGGCACUGUGACUUUACCUACCGGGACAUUCCCGUAUAAAGUAGUCAACGACUAUAAAGCGAACGUUACUUAUUCCUUCACUAACGGCCUCUGCUACACAGUAGGAGCCCCCACCUUCCCUCUACAGGACCCCUGUCAACUAACUCACGCCACCUAUGUGGGGAGCUCAGUGAUGGGGUCUCCGGGUCACCACAUCGCCGUCAACACGUUCCAGCUGGACCUGGGGGGAAUCAGCGUUAAGGCUGUCCUCACGGCGGACGGCUCCUGUAUCCCCAUCAUGGAGUCUCUGGUCGGAGCCAUAGGGGGAGCACCUGAGCAGUUGACUUUAUUCUUCUCUAACUUCACCAAAGGCCUGACGAAGCCCGAGGUCUUCACCUUCGAUCAGACGGCCUGUGGACCUAUCCCAACCACCCCCGCCACGGGAUCCUAAAAUGUCACAUUUGUUGUUCUUUGUUAACCUUUGUAAUUAAAGAAAAUUGACUUGGAAAAACAA